UCGGUGACGGGGGCACUGGUCUUCUGCCCCUGCCUCAUCUAUGGGGCCUACGUCUUCCUGCCCUUCGAUGCCCCGCUGCUGCCCACCGUCAGCGCCCGCCUGGUCUACACGCUCCGCUGCGCCGCCUUUGCCACCUUCCCCAUCGUGCUGGGGAUGAUUGUCAGCGGCAUCUCCUUCGUCUCUCAGUCCAUCCAGCUCUUCAUCCUCUACUUCUUCAACAUGGCCGUGCUGGCCACCUACCUGCCCCAGGAGGUCCUCAAGCUCAUCCCUCUGCUCACGGGGCUGUUUGCCAUCUCCCGGUUGGUUUACUGGUUGUCGUACGCCAUCGGGCGCUCCUUCCGUGCCUUCGGCUUCAGCAUGACCUUCCUGCCCCUCCUGGCCAUGCUGGUCUGGAACCUGUACAGCAUGUUCGUCGUAGAGCCCGAAAACCUCCUUGCCCUGGCAGCAUUGAAGCCCGAGGACCGCUCCAAGGACAGCGGGGCCAAACUCCGGUACUGGGGAUGA